GUCUUCGGUUGUCGCGGGCAGCCGUCAUGGCAGCUGACGAAAAGGAUCCUCUGAGCUAUUUCGCAGCUUACGGGAGUAGCAGUUCAGGCUCCUCGGACGAGGAGGACAACAGCGAGCCAGAGGAAAUGGGUCGCAGGACCUCGGAUCCGGUGAAACCAACGGGCAGCAGUGGAAACAAGGCGGAAAAGCGGCUGCCGGGACCCGACGAGCUGUUCCGGAGCGUGACUCGCCCGGCCUUUCUGUACAAUCCCUUGAACAAGCAGAUAGACUGGGAGAGGCACGUCGUGAAGGCGCCUGAAGAGCCUCCAAAGGAAUUCAAAAUAUGGAAGUCAAACUAUGUACCACCUCCUGAGACCUACACUACUGAGAAGAAACCACCGCCCCCCGAGCUGGAUAUGGCAAUAAAGUGGUCAAACAUAUAUGAGGACAAUGGUGAUGAUGCCCCACAGAAUGCUAAGAAAGCUAGGCUUCUACCGGAAGGGGAGGAGACGGUGGAAUCAGAUGAUGAAAAAGAUGAACAUACUUCUAAAAAGCGCAAAGUGGAACCAGGAGAACCAGCAAAGAAGAAAAAGUAAAAAAACAACAAGUAACAAGAAUUCCUGAACUGCAAAACUUAUUGAAAUAUUUCUUUUGACAGGUUAAGUUGAUAUUGUAAAUUAUGACACAAAAUCUCCUUGAAAGUACGUGUUAAUUAAUAAGUAUUGCCGCAGGAACUUUCCACUUUAAGAAUUUAUUUUUUAUUUAAAACUUGUAUGUAUUUAAAACUGAAAUGGUGACUUGUGAUUGUGAAAUCAGUAACACUUGGAAGCAUUCUUGAUAUCACAGAAUUGGUGACAUUGCUUUGAGAGUUUUGUUGACAUGUCAGUAUGCUAUGACCUUUUAUAAAGGAAUAUAUUUUUAAAGUAAAUACAUUGUAAUGUACUGUGAACUUGUAGGGUGCUCUUCAACUGUUUGUACAGUGUAAAUAGAUCAUGGAAAUGAAAUUACAUAUUACAUAUAACUAUUACUGCAUAACAUUAACAUCUGAAUAUUUGUCUGUGACAAGUACCCUCUUUGCCAAGUGACAUUUUAAGUUGUAAUAAUAAGUAUUAUGUUUAAGGAGUGCUUCCUAUGUCCCAGGUGCUUUGUGCAUAUGUUAUCUCUGAUCUUCAAACAGCCUAGUAAUAAGUGUUAUUAUCCUCAUUUUACAAUAAAGAAAAAUUGAAUGACUUGUCCAAGGUUACACAUCUAGUGAGUGGUGAAUUUGAGAUUUAACCCAGGGUACUUGAACUUGAAAAUUAUCACACUAAAUCACUUAUUUGUCAAUCAAAAUUGACUCAUCUUGCAAUACAGCGUUAAUUGCUGUCUCUCCCUAGUACUGUUCUGUAGUAGUUAGUGGAGAUCUUCUUUUCCUGAUUGUAUUACUGCACUUAUUACAGAUGCCUUACAUUAUGAUUAUUCAUUAAUUUUCCUGUUAAGUAGUAAGUUUGCUGAAGAUAAGGAUCUUAUACAAAGGGUUGCUAGAUUUAGCAAAUAAAAAUAUAGCAUACCAAGUUAAACUUGAAUUUUAGAUAAGCAACAUAAUUUUUUUAGUCUAGGCAAUAUCUGGGACAUCAUUAGACUAAAAUUUUUUUGUUUAUCUGAUAAUCAGAUUUAACUGAGCAUCUUGUAUUUUAUCUGCAAACCUUCCUUCUACAUCUUUUCUCUCUCCAGCUUCUCUGUUAAUGUUUUGCAUAUAAUAAUGCUUAACAAAAUGAACAGAGAGGGAGUCAAGACGAUGUCAUCUUUGAUAGGAGUUCUGCAGUUAAAAAAUGCAGUGCAGUUAUUUGUGACAUUUUGAAUGGUAAAAAGGAGAGAUUGUAUAUGGCAACAAUCUUUCCAUGAUUGGUACACCUUUAAAAGACUGGUCAGUUACAUGGGAAAACAGGAGAAGUUUUUAAGUUCUAAGUUUUAUUUGGCUGUAAUUCUUUUAACCUUAUUUGGUGUGCUUAUCACUUGUUCUCAAUCCAAGUAAUUCUAAUGAAUCAUUAGAAGCUAAUGAUUCUAAUGAGUCCCCUGGGCACCUUUCAGGAAAAUAUUGAAGGUUAGACCUUACCCUGCAGAUUCUAACUUAAUUGGGUUUUUAAACCUCACAGGUGAUUUUAACGUGCAGCCAGGACAGAGAACCCCUGCUGUGUGAUGACUUCCGGUAUACUCAGACAGAAACCAGCUCUAGAGCUGCUCCUCCUCUAAUGCUAUGUUUUAACCUAGGCUUAAAAAUGUAUGAAUCCAGAAAUUGAAAUAAUUAAUAAAACAAACUUUUUUUUUAUGUUU